UAACGUCUUUUAUUUUUUUAGACUAUAAUUAUAAUUUUUAUGAUCGGAUAAAUGGGUAUGAUGAAUCACGAUGAUGAAGCGAAAAUGGUUGGUUUUUAUUCCCCACUCUCUCUCCUCUUGUUUUCUCCCACACUAAGUUCUGUGGAGGAGAGAGAACCAGAUUUUCCCCUCUUCACUUUUCUUUUCGCCCAAACGAUUUUCUCUCUCCUUCAAAAAAGACAUGAUUUAUAUAUAUAAAAAUAAAUAAAAGGGAUAAUUAUGAAAAUAGUACGUAGAAAUAUAAUGGGGAUUAUUGUAGCACAAUAAUAAUCAGAAUUAUCACCAACGACAACAACAAAAGAGGAAGAACAAAUAAAAGGAGUAAAUUUGUUGUUGUAGAAAAAAGAAGUAAUUCUAUACAGUAGUAUUAGUAAUGUUGUUGUUGAUAUUUGAAUGGAGUUUGUAAUAAAACGAUGUCGUUUCGAGAUGUUGUUGUUGUUGAUGAUCAUGAUGAUACAACUACAAUGCCCAUUUCUAGACCUUCUGUUGUUGAUGGACCAUCCUCUCUUUUAGUUCAAGACUCAAUGUGGCCAGUCAAUCUGAGAUCAUCCGAAUCAAUGGAUACCGGAAUUUACCCUCCUGGUCCUUACCCCGAGCAUGAAGGGGAACCAGAUUGUUCCUUUUAUCUCAGAACCGGACUUUGUAGAUUUGGUUCGACAUGCCGCUUCAAUCAUCCUCCUAGUAGGAAGCUAGCUCUCGCUACUGCACGAAUGAAGGGUGAGUUUCCGGAAAGGAUUGGUCAACCUGAAUGCCAGUACUAUUUGAAGACGGGAACUUGCAAGUUUGGAGCAACAUGCAAGUUUCACCAUCCUAAAGACAAAGCAGGGAUUGCUGGAAGAGUUCCGUUAAAUGUUUUAGGCUACCCACUCCGUCCGGAUGAAUCAGAGUGUGCAUACUAUUUAAGAACAGGACAAUGUAAAUUUGGGAGCACAUGUAAGUACCAUCACCCUCAACCGUCUGCUUCUUUCCCUGGUUCUUCAGUGUAUCCUGCUGUUCAGUCUCCAACAACUCCUGGUCAGCAAUCGUAUCCCGGAGGAUUAACUAAUUGGUCUUUGUCGAGAGCCUCGAUUAUUCAUAGUCCGCGUUGGCAAGGCCCUUCAAGUUACGCGCCUUUGAUUCUUCCACAAGGAAUGGUUUCAGUUCCGGGAUGGAAUGCCUAUAUGGGUCAGAUGGGUUCAGUUUCGUCCGCUGAAGGACAGCAGCAGACGGCUGGAAACAAUCCGGGUUAUGCAACUACACGCCAGAGUGAAUCCGCAGUUUCUGCUUCUUAUCGCUCUGGUUCUGCCCCUAUGGGCUAUUAUGCUCUGCAAAGGGACAAUGUUUUCCCUGAGAGACCUGGCCAACCUGAAUGUCAAUAUUACAUGAAAACCGGUGAUUGUAAGUUUGGGGCAGUGUGUCGUUUCCAUCAUCCUAGAGAAAGAUUAAUUCCUGCUCCCGAUUGCCUCUUGAGUGCCCUGGGUUUGCCCUUGCGUCCGGGAGAACCUUUGUGCAUAUUCUAUUCUCGAUAUGGUAUAUGCAAAUUUGGUCCAAACUGCAAGUUCGAUCACCCAAUGGGAAUUUUCGCUUACAAUGUCUCGCCUACAUCCACCGACACUUCUACCAUGAGGCGUUACAUUGGAUCAUCAUCGGUAUCAGGUGGUUUAACAUUAGCGUCAGAAGGACUAGUGGAGACCGCGGGCCCAGGGAAAAACCGAAGGCUUUCUUUGUCAGAAACGAGAGACAUUCAAUCGUGUGAUGACGAUGAAGAUGAUGGUGGUGAAACCGAUAGAUAAAAGCAUAAUACAAACAAGUUUAAUGGGUUAUACUCCCUUUUUGCAAUGUUUUGCAGCAUAAAGAGGAGCUUUACCUGUAAAUUCAUUUGCCAAUUGCUGAAGAUGUACAGUACAACUACAUCCUCCAUGUUUUAUGUUGAUUAUUACAAAUUUAUAAAUUCCCCGAAAAUGAAUGUAUAAACUUGAUAAUUAUUGUCACAAUUGGUGAAUCCCUUGUGAACAAUUGAAUUGAAUUUUUCAUGGCAAAUUUUCUGUAUGUUUAUAUAUUUGUAA